UCCUGUACCUUGACGCUCAGGUAGACGGUUUUCCCCUAAAACUUUCCGGAACCUUUUCUAUUGAAGUGAGCGGGACCUAAGUGCUUGCUGGACAUGGAUUUAAACUUUUCUAUCUACCUGUAGGACAGAUAGAAAGCCUUGGUAUCAGGGUGGGGGGGUCGGCUGGACGUCUCUGACUGUAGCAAUCCCUCACGUCACAAAUGCUCACUGCAACAGUGGAGAAGAAAAACUCCCUUCUAAAAGGAAGAAAUAUCCAGCAGAACCAGGCUAAGUGUGAGCGUGUGAGAAGACAGGAGCAGACGCACAAGAGGAACAUAGAAGCACUGAUCCAUCAUUACUCUCUAUGUUAGAAAAGCUAAUAAAUCAUGUCGGUUGGAAACAGUGAAAGUCUGAGACGCAGCGAGAGGCAAGGGGGCAGCAGGCAAGUGUCAUUUACAGAGGAGCGCUGCGUGGAUCCCGUGGAGGACAGGCAGCCAACCAGACAGCCAAAGGCCAGCCACAAAGGGCGCCUUAAAGAUGCUAACGCCAAUGAGUCAGAGAGCGUCAGAUUUGUGCCUGGUGCAGCCGAGCCCUCUUCUUCAGCAACAAGCUGUAAUCCCUGCUCUUCCCUGAAGACCUGUAAAAGUUUUUUGUGCACUGUAAUCACAUGUGGACUGUACAGGGUCUGCCAGUGCUCCAUUCUUUCUCCAUGCUUGGCGCCAAAUGAGAGCUCCCCAAAGGAGACGGAAAAGACAAGCCUCCAAGGCGUCAAACCAGAGGACAACAAAGAAGAUUCUGACAUCGAACUGACAGACUUUCACAUUAAUGGAGUCCCAGUAUUCAGUCCGAAAGAAUGUUUAGACCUUGAUAGCAAAUCUCCAUAUCCAUCCUUACCUUCUCAGACUCAUACAGGGUUUGCCUCUUUGCAUGAGUCCUUGACAUUUGAAGACUGGGAGGACGGUGAAGAGAAUGUGGACUCACUGAUCACCAAGAAGCUGCUGGAGCUCUACUCUGAAUAUCAAAUCGAAGAGUUGGCCAGGUGCACCUCCGACUCAGUGUUUCUGAGGAAGAGCAAAGCCAUCGCACAGCUUAUCAACUCUGUGGCAGAGGAGCACAAAAUGGACGAGCAGGAAGCAGAGUGCCGGCUGGUGCGGGGCAUCAUCCGCAUCAGCACCCGAAAGAGUAAAAGGAGGCCCCCCAUUCCCAUGAUGGAGAGGACGCUGUCGGACAGUGGGCACGGAACCAUGAUCGGCAGUGGAUCCUUUCCUUCCAGCAACAACAAUGACUACAAGUCAAAUCCAAACAUCCAAAUAUCAGACUUGACUUCCACUGACAAGUUUGCCAGAGACAUGUGGAGGAAGAAUGACGAUCACACUUCAAGUUCUCCAACAACCUACUCAUCCAGUCGCUCAGAGAUGGAGUCCUCAGGUGUCCCUCUGCUGUACACUUCAGUGAGGACAUGAAUCAUCCCUGCAUUCCUGUCACAUUGUUUCCGUAAGCGCACAUGCAGAAUGUUAACAGGAAGAAAUUAUUGGACUGGAGCCUCUGGCUGAGCCAAACUCCUUACAGAGGCCAUGCCUUUGCCGUGGAAGAAGGAAAAUGUCGGAAGUCUUUGAGUGACCUCAGGUUUCGGUGUGUAGAUAUACGUGUGGUUUCUAAAUAUUACAUUUGUGCUUUGAAGGAUUGCUUCUGUGGAAGUUCUACACAAAGCCUUAGGCAAUGGCUUUUUUAAAAAAAUGUACACAUCACUGUUUAAAUGUUAGUUUUUUUCAAAUGUUAAAUACAUAAUGACCAGUUAAAAAAACAUUUAAAAACUUUACACUACUAGUUAUUUUUAUUAAAGUAUAACAGCAUUCAGUCUUCUUCGAUUGGAGUCUUUGUAAACAAAUCUGCUCACUUCGGCUUGCCAAAGUUCUCAUAUUGGGAGAACAUGUUUUUUCCAUGGCUCUCUUCAGGUAGAUUAAUUUUAAGGUGUAGUGGAGGAUGUUCUUUUUCCUGGUGGAUCAUCAAAAUAAGUGGUCUUCCUAAUUGUCAAUCAUUCUGGUGAUACGUUUACGUAAGGCCGUCCUACGUGCUCGUCCCAUUUUCACUGACUGCUGGUGAGUCUGACAUGGUGGGAAAAAUUGCUAAUCCUCUUUUGGAAAGAGCUUGUAUGAGCUAC